AUGCAUUCCAGUCGCGGCAGAUACUCCAACAAUCGCGGGGGUCGUGGCAGAUGGUAUGGUUCGACAGUCCAGAGAGGUGGCAUGGAACUGCCCGAGAAGGCUCUGCCAUUCGGCACUGUCAUCAGCACCUUGACGCACGAAGAGGUGAAGACCAGCCUUUCGAGCGGCAGAGCAACAAGCAUCACUGGAUGCCAUGAAGCUGACGAGCAAAGGCUUACCUCCGAAGUGGACACCACACAAACAGCCUCCUCAACUGGCCGAAGAUUCCGGCGACUUCUUCCGCGAUAUCAACGCCGCACAAUACCGAAGCAUCCAAUCGAGCCUGCCGUUCGCGCAGUUCUGUCACAGAAUCCAGAUUUCAUUCCCGACGAAAUUGACUUGUUCGCAUGCGGAAGCACGAUGGGCCAUCUUCUGCGAUUCGCUCGCAAGAGCGACAAGAAGUUCCGAUUUGUGGUGGAGGUUGUGGACGGCACUGUGUUCUUCAUUCGACGUGAGAACAGCCCAGACGAAAAGAUUCCAGAUUUGCGCGGCUAUGGCCACACAAUGCCGGAGGCAUACACCACGCUCGACAGUUGCAUCCGAGGAUCUGUAUCUCAUCAGCGAAUGAUCAGAUAUGAAAUAGGUGGCAUUGAGUGUGUCGUGCGCUGCGAAAGCGACGGAUAUCUCGCGGACAAGGGCACUGCGUCCACAACGGCGAACGUUUGUGCAGGGAAAUUCGAGACUCUACAAAUGCUGGCCGGCGGCAAAGUCGUCCCUCAGGCGGCCAUUUUCGACAUCAAAACCCGAUCUGUCCGCAAGAAGGGCGAAAACAUUCUCGCCGCAGAGAUCACCAGACUAUGGCUACGGCAGAUCCCAAACUUCAUCAUGGCGUACCACCGGAGUGGCGUCUUCGAAGACAUUGAGGUAUUGGACAUCCGAAAGCAGAUACUCCAGUGGGAGACCGAGCAUGCGGACGAAAUCAGUGUUUUCUCGGCGAUUCUUGAGAGAGUGAUCACAUUUGCCCGAAGCCAAGCAGGCAUUGCGUUCGAAGUCUGCUCCCAGCUGCCGCAUGUCCUCGAGUUUCGACAAGUCGGCGGACAAAUCGGCUCCGUCCUUCCGGAUGAGCUGAAGAAAGUGUGGACUGAUUGCAACCUUGACGCGGAUGAGGAGUCGACUGAUGGAGCUUCUGAUGAGCACAUCGGCUCGGAUGCCGGAGGCGGCGUCAGCAUUGAUUCGGGUGGUGAGGAUGAUAGCGACGGAGAACCAGACUACACAGCUUGUACGGAGCGAUGCGACUAUUGCGGCCGCUGCAAGUACUGA